AUGUCUUACUUUUGUAAGGGCGAGAUCCUUGUGAGAGAUAUGUGGCCGAAACCGCUGUCGCAAGAGAUGGAUUGCGCACUGGAAAGGCAUGACCUCGCGUCGUGGGCGGUCGUGCCCGAUUCGUAUGAUGCCGUGUGCGAGUGGGCGGUCGUCAUGCCUUUGGAGGAAGGGAGGCCAGGGGAGUCGACGCUGUUGUACAACAGCGACAUCUCGCCCUCCCCGGACAGUACCUCUGUCCGUGUGUCCGUCGUAGCUCAUGGCGUAGUGGAGACAGUGAACCUGAAGGCGUUGGGUAACUACAAAGGCCGUCCGGGUGCGGCCGCACGUGCAGUCCAAUACCUAACGUUGUCCGGUGGUGAUUGGCCGGAAGCGUUCGCCGCACAGGUGAAGUCGCUCCAGUGCAUCAAAGAUUACCUCGCAGUCAUCUUCGGGGCGACAAUCUACGACGGGGCACACGUCCCGGGCACUAUACACUUCCAACGGCCUGUAUUUACUCCGGCGAAGCACGGCUCGAAGAGCUUGUUACGUUUGGGUGAUGAUCCAGAGGGCUUUGCGAACGCCAUCCGAACGCAGUGGGUGGUGGGGCACAGGGUUCAGACUGGAAUAGCAGGGGUCGGACGAGCGGCUGCGACAUCGAUCCGCAAGGGAGAUUUUGUAGCCGUCGCGUCGUCGAUUGAUGUCGUGAAGACGUUUCGCAACAAGGAGUGCAGGAUGGAGCUUCGACUGUCCAUGCGAGAGGUGUCUCGCCUCAUGUCUGUCGAUACUUUGGAGGCUCAACGCCCUAAGGUGCCAAGUCCAACGGCCGGUCCAUCCGUCGCAAGACGUCCCAUUGAGCUUUCUGUGUUAGGUCUGGAUGCAGACGGCGACGACGAAGAGCAGCGGGAGGGCGACGAUGGUGGAAGGGGUUGA